GGGCCUCAGCGUAAUCAACAACGCCGUUACAGUGCUAGUUUUGACGAUGAUCAUAGUGUGCGCAGCGACGGUGGCAGCAUUCGACUGUAUAGCAUAAAUGAUCGUUUACGACACUCCCAAGAGAAGAUGGAACGUAGUGGCAGUAAUUUCAACUCUAUUGCCAAUUCGAACUGGGAUCGACAGUCGCAGCAUGCAGAUGAUCGCAGCGAGCGUUCGUAUAUAAGCAAUUAUGAACGUGGCAACAAUUACCGUCGCGGCAAUCGCCAUUUUAAUAAUCGUCAGAACUGUGAUAAACCACCGCGCUUCCAAAAGCAACAGCAGCAACAACAACAAAAAGACACCAAUAUACAUAGCAACUCGUGGCGGCAAUCACGUCACAAUGUAAUGAAUAACUCCUACCAUGAUGAGAACUCAGCGUAUCGCUCCAAUGGACCCGAAUCGAAUAGUCGCAGUUCAUCGCGUGCACGUACGCUUCCACGUCCAGGCAAAUCACGACACUUCGAUGACGCAGACGAGAGUGCUAACAAUGCACCACCGUAUCGCCGUAGUCAAAGUCCCUCAACGCAUAGGCAAAAUCAGCAGCGCACACGCAACUUUAACGCACGCUAUAGUAUCCAGAGCAGUUUGGCUAGCGAAGCGUCAGGCACAUUUGACCGACGUCAGCGUAACCGUAACUUUGGCCGGCAGUCGCAACAGCGGCAAGACCGCUGGGAAGAUACGCACAAUGUGCAAGCUCAGCCCGAGGACAAUUCGUGGGAUACGAAAAAUGAGAAUAGCGAACUGGUGCGUAAUGCACGCCAAACUGCCAAGUAUAUGAACUAUUUGUCUUCGAAGAAGUGAGAUACAGCCUGUGCAGCUGAGUCAACUGACAACGAUCAGCGGUAGCGUUUGGUGCGAAUUCAACUUUAACAUAAGCAACGUAGAAAUAAUAGCACACAAAUGGGCACCAAACAAAAAGAACAACGACAAAAAUAAUGUGUCAACAAGUGAGCCAAUUGAGUUACUUAUCUACUUCAUUUAUAUUAUUGUAAUUUCUGUUCUGACUUUGCUUAUACCUCUAUUUCUUAAGUUUGAUUAAUGUAUGAAGCGUAGUUUGGUUUUCCUUACAUUUUAUAUUUGUUUUUAAACAAACACGGUUUGUAUGAGAAAGAACAAUAACCGAUGAAGCAAUUUGUUUAGAAGCAAAUGCAGCAGUUUGUAGGGCAUAUUAUGCGGCUUGUGCGGUUAAGUAUUCUAAUUUGCUUUUUUUAUUUAUUUGUAUUAUUUUCUACAACUUCAAAUGCGUAUAAUUCGAUUUUAAUAGAAUUUAUUAAUUGGAAAGAUAAAAGAAUUACAAAUGUUAAAAAAUAAAACCAACAAAAUGUUAUUAACUCUAGUGUAUUUCACAAAUUGCCAAUUAGCAUUAAAUUUUGCCACCUUGGUAUAUUUAGAUGUUGGCUAAAAAAUCUAGUGUUUUAAAAUUUAUACUGAAGUAGAAAAUAAGAGUUGUUUAUCUAAUUAUACAGAGAAAUACAGAAACGUAAUGGCAGAUUACCAUUUAUAAUGCUAUAUAAUCAUUAAUCUGAAAGACUACUAACUUAUAUGUUAAGUAAAAGCUAAAAAAAACGUUCAACAAUACCGCCUACCAUAAUUUAUUUAUAUAAAAGUAGUUAACCGCACGGUUUACUCUAAAAUUCCUAUAAAAAAAGUUGCACAAUAUAGUUAGUUUCUGAAAUGCUCCGACAAAUAAAAAUCUUUAUUUCAUAAUAACUAUAACUAAUCUAUAAUUGUAUACAAGGGACUAAAACAUUAUUAUCAUCGCAUUGAGACUUCUCAAAAAUAACACUUCCAUAUGAUUUUCAAAAACUACUAAAUAUGUACAUAUUUAUGUGAUAUGAAUGUAAAUAUGUAGUGGAUUCAUGAGGUGUCAUAAAGGGGCACGUUUUCACAAAUUUUAUGACGAAAAUAAUGAUAUUUAUAAGUCGUUAUGCCACCUUAUGUAUCACCUAACUGAAACGGAACAUGUAAAUUAUCUUUCAAUUUAUGCUGAUUUAUUGCAGUAAAAAAAAUUAUACAAAGUUUAAAGAAUCUGCUACUUUGCUUAAACCCAUAAAUUUGUAUCUAACCGACUAAUAACAAUAUGUACAUAUAUUAGCAUAAAAUACUUUAAGUAGCAUAUACGUAUAUACAUACCACAUAUGUACAUACGUACAUAUAAAUAAGCGUAAAUACGUUUAUGAAUCUUAGGGCCGAUUACUAAAUGUCUUAAUAAGCACUAUUCAUAACAUAUGUAGAUUUGAAAAAUACUUUAUAAUUUUUAAGUCUACGUAGUGUGUGGUGCUUAUAAAGUUAUUGGGGAACCGCCUCUUAAUAAAA